AUGGCGACCAUACCGCUGGGUAUCAAAACACAAACACAAAAGUUAUGUAACCUAUAUAAACGAGCCAUACGUAAUUUGGAGUCGUACUAUGAUAGACGACAUGUAUUCCGUUUCCAAGCAGUAUUGCUAAGAGAAAGAUUUGACAAAAUCGCUGCCCUGCAAGACCAGCGUGAAUUUAAUCAACGCCUCCAAGAAGAAGAAGACUCACUCUUUGCAAUCAUACAUCCUAUACCGAAGAAGUUUCCUUUGAGUCCGGGUGGUGUUGCAUAUGCCCGAGUAGUGACUCCGCCUGACUGGGUACUGGACUACUGGCAUCCACUGGAAAAGGCGCAGUACCCUGAAUACUUCAAGCGGCGCGAGGAACGUAAGAAGGAAUUUGUAGCCCUGUGGGAGAAAGAGUUUGGCAAGGAUGAGCCAAAAGACAAACACCAUUAG